AUGCUGGUGCGUCCUGCGAUGAACGAGCUGUACCUGCUGGCGGUCUCGUACGUGAUCCUGGCCACGUUCCUGGCCGUGAUCCUGGCGCUGUGCAUCGCGCCCUCCAUCACGCAGUGGCAGCAGGACGGCGCCUCUGAGGGGAAGCCGGAGCCGGAGCUGGAGCUGGAGCUGGAGCUGGAGCCGGUGGCGGCGGCCGUGCCGCGGGCAACGGCGGGCGCGUGGGCGGCCGUGCUCUUCACGUACGUGACGUACGCGCUGCUGCCCGUGCGGCUGCAGGAGGCCGUGUGCGCAGGCGUGCUCAUCGCCGUGCUCCAGCUGGGCUGCGGCCUCAUGCUGGCCCAGCCGGGCGCCGCGCACGCGCUCUGGCAGCAGCUGGGCUGCAACGCUCUGCUGCUGCUGGCGGCCAACGUAGCGGGGGUGUUCACGCACUACCCCAGCGAGCUGGCGCAGCGCCAGGCCUUCAUAGAGACGCGCCAGUGCGUCGAGGCGAGGCUCAACACGCAGCGAGAGAACCAGCAGCAGGAGCGGCUGCUGCUGUCGGUUCUGCCCCGCCACGUUGCCAUGGAGAUGAAGGCAGACAUCGCGGGAAAACCCAAGGACUCCAUGUUCCACAAGAUCUACAUCCAGCGGCAUGAGAACGUCAGCAUCCUGUUCGCCGACAUUUGCGGUUUCACAAGCCUCUCAGACCAGUGCACGGCCGAAGAGUUGGUACGCCUGCUCAACGAGCUCUUCGCGAGGUUCGACCGUCUGGCGGCGGAGCACCACUGCCUGCGCAUCAAGCUGCUGGGGGACUGCUACUACUGUGUGUCCGGCCUGCCGGAGCCCCGGCCCGACCACGCCCACUGCUGCGUCGAGAUGGGCCUCGACAUGAUCGACGCCAUCGCGCUGGUGCGCGAGGUGAUGGGCGUGAACGUGAACAUGCGCGUCGGCAUCCACACGGGCCGCGUGCACUGCGGCGUACUGGGCCUGCGCAAGUGGCAGUUCGACGUCUGGUCCAACGACGUCACGCUGGCCAACUACAUGGAGAGCGGCGGCCUGCCGGGACGCGUGCACGUGACCAGCGAGACGCUGCGCUGCCUGGGCGGCGACUACGCGGUGGAGGCGGGCCACGGCGGCGACCGGAACGCCUACCUGCGCGACCACAACAUCGAGACCUUCCUCAUCGUGCCGCAGUCCGGCGGCGGGCAGGCGUCCACGCCCGCCUCCAGGGCCUCCGUAAAACGGCCGAACCACACGUUCUCGAUGAACGGCAGCGUGUCGAAGGAGAUGCGGAUGAUGGGUCACGGGUCACAGUCCGGCAAGUACUCAAAGCUGGGCUACGGGGAGAGCCUCGAGGAGAAGGACCCUGAGGACGAGGUCAACGAGUACCUGAUGCGGGCCAUCGACGCCCGCAGCAUAGACCGCCUGCGCGCCGAGCACUGCAAGAGUCUGCUGCUCACCUUCCGCAAGGCCGACAUAGAGGAGAAGUACUCCAAGGAGGGCGAUCGCAUGAUGUCGACCUACUUCUUCAGCUCCUUCUUCAUCUUCCUGUCCAUCAUGCUGGUCGAGCUCAUCAUCAUGCCACACUCAAUACCGAUGUACGUCUGCAUGGCCAUUGGGGUCAUUGUCCUGGUGGCUGUCAACUACAUAAUCAUAGUCGACGGUUCUAAGUCCGCGCCGGGCCCCAUCCGCAGGCUGUCAGAGAAGGUGUUCCAGGACCGUGCGGCGGCGCAGCUGCUGGCGGCCGUCUCGCUAGCUGCUACUACGCUGGUGGCGCUCUCCCCCCUGUUCGUGCGGCUGGAGCCGUGCCACCACCCGCGGCUGGACCAGUGGGCCUCCCCCAACACGUCGCGCUCCAGCGUGGCGGCGCUGGAGAGGCUCAGGCUCCAGGAGGAGGCGGGCUGCCAGGAGGCCUACGUGUUUGACUUCCUGACGCUGUGCGUGAUGAUGGCGAUGGUGAUGUGCGCCGUCUACCAGAUCCUCAUCAGCCUGGCCAAGCUGCUGGUGCUCUCGUGCAUCUGCUUUGGCUACCUCGGUCUGCUGACACUCCAUGCCAGUUUCAGCACGCGGACGCGGCCGGACGACGAGCUGCCGUCGCGCUACCUGCUGGUGGUGGUGCUGCUGGGCUGCCUGGCGGCGCUGGUGAUCCACGCGCAGCAGACCGAGGCCACCUACCGGCUGGACUUCCUCUGGAAGCUGCAGGCCACAGAGGAGAAGGAGGACGUGGAGCACCUGCAGGCGUACAACCGGAAGCUGCUGGCCAACAUACUUCCGGUGCACGUGGCGCAGCACUUCCUGCGCGGCGACAAGAACUCCGUCGACGACCUGUACCACGAGCAGUGCGAGUCGGUGUGCGUCAUGUUCGCAACCAUCCCCAACUUCUCCGAGUUCUACGUCGAGCUGGAGGCGAACAACGAGGGCGUCGAGUGCCUGCGGCUGCUCAACGAGAUCAUCGCCGACUUCGACGAGCUGCUGUCCGAGGAGCGCUUCCAGUGCGUCGAGAAGAUCAAGACCACCGGCGCCACCUACAUGGCCGCCUCAGGGCUUACGAAGAGCAUGUGCGACCUGAAGGGCUACCGGCACGUUUCGGCCAUGGCGGACUACGCCCUCAGGAUCCGAGAGCAGCUCGCGUACGUCAACGAACACUCCUUCAACAACUUCCGCAUCCGUAUCGGCAUCAACAUCGGCCCGGUGGUUGCUGGAGUGAUCGGAGCCCGCAAGCCCCAAUACGACAUCUGGGGGAAUGCCGUGAACGUGGCCAGCCGCAUGGACUCCACAGGCGUGCUCGACAAGAUACAGGUCACGCAGGAGAUGUACCACAUACUGCACGCCAAGGGCUACCCGCUCACCUGCCGCGGCACCAUCAAGGUUAAGGGCAAGGGCGAGAUGGUCACCUACUUCCUCAAUGGGUACGCCACCACGCCGGCGCCGUCGACGCCAGCGUCAUCAGAGCCGCCGCCGGCGCCCAGUGGUGACGGUAACAGCGGUGGAGCGUCCGAGAGCUAGUUUCGGCUAUCCCAGAAGUAACAGUGACACCUGAAUGUCUUCCUGGCAAGAUACUGCAAGAGACCUAAUGAAAAUCUCUUUGCAACUUUUAUGAGCU